CAGCACGUCCUGUUUUCGUUGGUCGUGGUGGAAUGGCGGCUCCUGCUGUAGCUGCUGCAGCUUCUUAGUACUGGUCCUCGUCCUGAGCCCUAGUGCAGUACGGCUUCUUUCUUUGACCUGUUUGCCUGGGCGUCCCCGAGGGUGAAGCUUUGGUACAGCCGGCAGCAUGGGCCGGGAGUCGCGCCACUAUCGGAAACGAUCAGCAUCAAGGGGACGCUCUGGAAGUCGAUCUAGAAGUCGCUCACCCUCAGACAAAAGAAGUAAACGUGGAGAUGACAGACGGUCUAGAAGUAGAGAUAGAGAUAGAAGGAGAGAAAGGUCUCGAAGCAGGGAUAAAAGAAGGUCUCGGUCAAGGGACAGGAAGCGUCUGAGGCGUUCCAGAAGUAGAGAAAGAGAUAGAAGUCGAGAGCGAAGAAGAUCUCGAAGCCGAGACAGGAGGCGCUCAAGGAGUAGAAGCAGGGGCCGAAGAUCCCGAUCCUCCAGUCCUGGCAAUAAAAGCAAGAAAGCUGAGAACAGAUCUAGGUCCAAGGAGAAAACAGAAGGUGGGGAAAGUUCUAAAGAGAAGAAAAAAGACAAAGAUGAUAAAGAAGAUGAAAAAGAAAAAGAUGCUGGUAACUUUGACCAGAAUAAGCUGGAGGAAGAAAUGAGAAAGCGAAAAGAAAGAGUUGAGAAAUGGAGAGAAGAGCAACGUAAAAAGGCCAUGGAAAACAUAGGAGAACUGAAAAAAGAAAUUGAAGAGAUGAAACAAGGGAAAAAAUGGAGUUUAGAAGAUGAUGAUGAUGAUGAAGAUGAUCCUGCAGAAGCUGAAAAGGAAGGAAAUGAUAUGGAGGGUGAGGAGUUAGAUCCAUUAGAUGCUUAUAUGGAAGAAGUGAAAGAGGAAGUAAAAAAGUUUAACAUGAGAAGUGUAAAAGGUGGUGGGGGAAAUGAAAAGAAGUCAGGGCCAACAGUCACAAAAGUUGUCACUGUUGUGACUACCAAAAAAGCAGUUGUAGAUUCUGACAAGAAGAAAGGUGAGCUGAUGGAGAAUGACCAGGAUGCCAUGGAGUAUUCUUCAGAGGAAGAAGAAGUUGAUCUUCAGACAGCCCUUACAGGCUAUCAGACAAAGCAGAGAAAACUUCUAGAACCAGUUGAUCAUGGAAAAAUUGAAUAUGAGCCAUUCAGAAAAAACUUUUACGUUGAAGUUCCAGAACUAGCAAAAAUGUCUCAAGAGGAGGUGAAUGUGUUUCGGUUGGAAAUGGAAGGCAUUACAGUGAAAGGAAAAGGUUGUCCCAAACCAAUUAAAUCUUGGGUCCAGUGUGGAAUUUCCAUGAAGAUCUUAAAUUCUCUCAAAAAGCAUGGCUAUGAGAAGCCCACACCAAUCCAAACCCAAGCAAUUCCUGCAAUAAUGUCUGGACGAGAUUUGAUUGGUAUUGCCAAGACAGGAAGCGGAAAGACCAUUGCUUUUCUGCUGCCCAUGUUUAGACACAUCAUGGAUCAGAGGUCACUAGAAGAAGGAGAGGGUCCAAUAGCUGUCAUCAUGACUCCAACUCGAGAACUGGCUUUACAAAUUACUAAAGAAUGUAAGAAGUUUUCGAAGACCUUAGGACUUAGAGUGGUCUGUGUUUAUGGAGGAACAGGAAUCAGUGAGCAGAUUGCUGAACUGAAAAGAGGUGCUGAAAUUAUUGUUUGCACACCUGGUCGAAUGAUUGACAUGUUAGCAGCUAACAGUGGUCGGGUCACAAAUCUUCGAAGAGUGACAUAUGUUGUUUUAGAUGAAGCAGAUAGAAUGUUUGACAUGGGAUUUGAACCACAGGUCAUGCGCAUUGUGGAUAAUGUCCGUCCUGACCGACAGACAGUUAUGUUUUCAGCUACUUUCCCUAGAGCUAUGGAGGCCUUGGCACGCAGAAUCCUGAGUAAACCCAUUGAAGUACAGGUUGGAGGCAGGAGUGUGGUUUGUUCAGAUGUGGAGCAACAGGUGAUUGUGAUUGAAGAAGAAAAGAAAUUCUUAAAGUUACUUGAGCUUCUAGGUCAUUAUCAAGAAUCAGGAUCUGUCAUUAUAUUUGUGGAUAAGCAGGAACAUGCUGAUGGUCUGCUGAAAGACUUAAUGAGAGCAUCUUAUCCUUGCAUGUCUCUUCAUGGAGGUAUUGAUCAAUAUGACAGAGAUAGCAUCAUAAAUGACUUUAAGAAUGGAACCUGCAAGCUUCUUGUGGCCACCUCAGUUGCUGCCCGAGGUCUAGAUGUGAAACAUCUGAUUCUUGUAGUAAAUUACAGCUGCCCCAACCACUAUGAGGAUUAUGUACACAGAGCAGGACGGACUGGAAGAGCAGGCAACAAAGGUUAUGCCUACACUUUUAUCACAGAGGAUCAAGCUCGCUAUGCUGGUGACAUUAUUAAAGCUCUUGAAUUGUCAGGGACUGCAGUGCCUCCUGAUCUAGAGAAACUUUGGAGUGAUUUCAAAGAUCAACAGAAAGCUGAAGGAAAAAUAAUUAAAAAGAGUAGUGGGUUCUCUGGUAAGGGAUUCAAGUUUGAUGAAACAGAACAAGCCUUGGCCAAUGAGAGGAAGAAGUUACAGAAGGCAGCUCUUGGUCUGCAAGAUUCAGAUGAUGAAGAUGCUGCAGUUGAUAUUGAUGAACAAAUUGAAAGCAUGUUUAAUUCAAAGAAGAGAGUAAAGGAUAUGGCUGCUCCUGGAACAUCUAGUGUUCCUGCCCCAACUGCAGGAAAUGCUGAAAAAUUAGAAAUUGCUAAGCGAUUGGCGCUCAGAAUCAAUGCUCAGAAGAAUUUGGGCAUCGAGUCUCAGGUAGAUGUGAUGCAACAGGCCACCAAUGCAAUUCUAAGAGGUGGCACUAUUCUGGCUCCCACUGUGUCUGCAAAAACCAUCGCAGAGCAACUUGCUGAAAAGAUCAAUGCCAAGCUCAAUUAUGUGCCUUUAGAAAAACAAGAAGAGGAGAGACAGGAUGGUGGUCAGAAUGAAUCUUUUAAGAGAUAUGAGGAAGAAUUAGAGAUUAAUGACUUCCCACAGACUGCUAGGUGGAAAGUUACCUCUAAGGAAGCUCUGCAGAGAAUCAGUGAAUAUUCUGAAGCUGCUAUUACAAUCAGAGGAACUUACUUCCCUCCUGGCAAAGAACCAAAGGAAGGAGAACGGAAAAUUUACUUGGCAAUUGAAAGUGCCAAUGAACUUGCUGUGCAGAAAGCAAAGGCAGAAAUCACCAGGCUCAUAAAAGAAGAAUUGAUCCGGCUGCAAAAUUCAUACCAGCCGACAAAUAAAGGAAGAUAUAAAGUCUUAUAAACAUCUAAAAAAACCUUUUUUUUAACCUGUG